CUUCCAAUUGUAAUCACAGGCAAGAGCCGGCUCUGCCCAAAUCAUAACUUUCGAAUCCACUUCAGCAGUUAUGGACCAAGCAGCCUCGAUAGUAAAGGAGCAUCACGAUGCCAUUAUCAAUGCCAUCAAGAGUGUUGUCCAGCGCGACUGGAGGAUUUUGAUAGUCGACGACGUCUCCAAAAAGAUAAUCGAAAGCUCCGUCAAAGAAGAUGACAUUCUCAACGUCAAUAUCGCUAAUAUACAAGAAAUCGAGGAACCGAGAGACGAGAAUUCCGGCAUGGAUGCUAUCUAUAUUUUGUCGCCUCGCCCGCAUAUUGUCGAGUGCUUGAUCCUUGAUUUGGCAAAGGGCCGCUAUCGCAACUCUACCGUGCUUUGGACAGGCAUUCUUGGGAGGGAACUAAGGGCACGACUGGCCACUGCUCCUCAGAAUAUAGAUUCACGACCGCUACUGGUUGACUUUUUCCCUCGCGAGUCACACCUGGUGUCUUUUAAGGACCCCUAUAGCUUUCCUAUUCUGUAUAAUCCGAGCUGCGAGGCCGUUGCAAUGCCACAUCUGGACGCUCUGGCUCAAAAGAUUGCCGCUGUAUGCAUAACACUGGGCGAGUAUCCAAAGAUCAGGUUCUUCGCACCCAGGAACAGCGAAUAUCGUGCCAGCGCGCUGUGCGGACGCCUUGCUGCGCUCGUACAGGACGAGCUUGACGCUUACAAACAGUUCAAGGCCGACUUCCCGCCACAAACUACACGGCCGCAGGGAUACCUACUGAUUGCGGACAGAUCAAUGGACUUGAUGGCACCAUUAGUCCACGAGUUCACAUACCAGGCGAUGGCGCACGACCUCCUUCCUAUCAAGGAAGGCGACAAAGUGACCUUCCACAUGACCGUCAACGAGGGCACGCCAGAGGCCGAGGAGAAGGACAUGGAGUUGUCUGAUAAAGACAAGGUGUGGGUCGAGAACCGACACCGGCAUAUGAAGGACACGAUUGAAAAACUUAUGAGCGACUUCCAAAACUUCAUCAAGCAGAACCCCAACUUCACCAACCAAAAUCAGGAUACGACGAGUUUGAAUGCGAUCAGAGACAUGUUGGCGGGCCUGCCGCAGUUCCAGGAAAUGAAGGAGGCCUACUCGCUUCACCUCACCAUGGCUCAGGAAUCCAUGAACAUCUUCCAGCGUCGCAAGUUGCCCGACGUCGCUUCAGUGGAGCAGACAUUGGCUACCGGUCUCGAUGAGGAUUAUAAGAAGCCCAAAGAUAUUCUCGAGCAGAUGGUGCGGCUUUUGGAUGAUGAAGCUAUUACCUGGGUGGAACGGCUGCGGCUAAUCGCCAUCUACGUGCUAUACCGCGACGGGGUUAUCACUGAUGACAUUGACAGGCUGCUCAACCAUGCGGCCCUGCAGCCCGCUGAAAAGGUCAAAAUCACCAAUCUCCAGCACUUGGGUGCCCGGCCUACACGGAAACUGAAGGAGGAACGAAAACCGCAUCCUCCGUUGUUCCCACGGACCCAAGUAAAGAAUCCGGCGGACGAAGACAAUUUCCUCUCUCGAUUCGAACCCGCUGUCAAGCACAUGCUUGAGGAUCUGUUUAGCAACUGUCUCGACCCAGCGAUUUUCCCCUUUACACGACCUCCAACCGAUGGUGGGGCUGCCGAUGCUGCUAUGACAACGGGAGGGUCACUCCGCUCGGCAGCACCGAGGUGGGCUUCAGCUAAUCGCCGGCAGGUUGAGAAUCGACAAAGGGUCAUCGUGUUCAUGGCCGGUGGGGCGACCUACUCAGAGGCGCGGAUAUGCUACGAAGAAUCAGAGAAGCGAAACCGCGACAUCUAUCUUGUAUCCAGCCACAUGCUCACACCACAACUAUACCUAAGACAACUGGAGGACCUUUCGAUGGAUAGAAGAAGGCUCGGCCUGCCGAUGGACCGCCCGCAGCCCCAGGUCCCUGAGCACUUUUAUGCUAAGCCAAAACCGCCACCGCAGCCCAUGCAACAGCCGCCCGCAGCCGCUCCUCCCGGAGCUGCAUCGGUACAACCCCCAACGCAGGCAAUGGGUGCCAUGACAAUGAACAGUGGUACAGCUUCUCCGCAUGCUGGGGGAAGUGGCGCAAGGCCUCCAGUUCCGCCCGCCGGGAAGACAGAGAAGCCAGUGAAGGAGAAGAAGAAGAGAAAUCUGUUUGGAUUGAAGAAGUCUUGAGCACUAAACACGUGAGCGAAACGGGCUUACAUGGUGGAAGCGGUCGGUAGGCAGGAAUGACCUUGAUGCCUUCAGAAAAAUAUCGGUCAGGUCGUUGGUGAUAGUGUCUUGGAUCACCUCGGAUUCGAUUGGCUACCGUCAACUAUACAAUAACAUGGAUGCAAGUGUCAGAAUAAGUUCUCAGCUUGAAUGCUCCUUCGUUGUAAGCGAUAGCGAGGCGAUUUUGGUAAAGUGGCUAGGUAAAAUCAACGUGGAUAUGAUAAGC